UGCCGGCGGCGAUGGAAGGCGAACCAGACAGCAGCGACACGAUCAUGGCGCUGCCUUCACCACCUCCCACCGCGAAAGAGAGGUCGCCGAAGUUUGACGACUUGCGAUCCAUGAUGGACAUGUCUUCUGACACGCUUCGUCGUCGUGUUGGGGAACUGACUGUGUCGUUGAGCACCACUCUCGACGACAACGUCAUGUUGUUUCGGUGGGGAUGCAUGGCGACAAUGGUGGGCUGCGCCUACAUCAGCAUUCGCUCGAGCGGCUUGCUGACUCGGUAUACCUCUCUGGACGCGCUUCCUGUGGGCACACCUGUCGUCGCUCGUGUACUGGGUCAACACCCCGCCGACCCGAGCACUCUCUUCGUUUACCAUUCCCCAUGGGUCCGCCGCGUCUUGCUCAAGGAGACCCUUCCAAGGGGGAUGGACGUCAGCGGAUUCUUGUCCGACAAAUCGUCUCUUCUCGCCGUGCGUCCGUUUGGUGUCGACAUGCAAGAUGAAGCGAAACGAUGGAUUUACACGGAUUUUGUCGCAUCGAAGCGCUACGUCACCAUCGAACUGCUCUAUCGGCCACCGCCCACGGCGCCCUCAGACAGCCCCGUCGUGGAGGAACCUGCGAAGGUCGUCGUUGGUGCAUGCUCCAUUUCGACGCCCAAGAACGUCUUCUUCAAGGAAGACAUGGCGGAAUUUGCCGUUGCGCGGGGCAUCGCUGUGUGUCGUUCGGAGCCUGAAGUCGACGCUGUCAAAUCAAAUAUGAGCCAUCGGUCCAUCAGACGAUUAGAACGAAGGUCGAGACGGCUGGCAGCGCGGCAGGAGUAUGCGCAAGCGAUGCGUUUUGGCGUGUGGAAGAACUGGACCGAGGCGGAGAUGUCUCAGCGGUUGGUGUCUGCUGGAAAACGUGCGUCGAAUGCUGCCAUGCAGCGCAUCUUUGGCACGUGGUGGAGACAGUACUAAAGAUGUACAACAAGGGCAUUAGAAGUCUCUAACCGUAGCAACGGAUUUGGUCGGUGGCGCCCUUGGCAGCACACUGGCCGCCCUUUUCCAAGUACUUUUGGUGGUAUUCUUCAGCAUGAUAAAACGUUUGCGCAGGAACGAUUUCCGUGACGAUUUCGGCUUUGAUCUCCUCAGCUCGUGCGGCCUUGGCUGCUUCAGCUUCCUCCUUUUGCUCGUCGUUGUGGUAGAAAAUGCCAGACCGGUACUGCGUCCCAACGUCGUUCUUUUGACGAUUCAGCGUCGUAGGGUCGUGGAUCGAGAAAAACUUGUCCAGCAGUUCCUUGUACGUGAUCGUGUUUGUGUCAAACUUGAUCUGAACGGCUUCGGCGUGGUUCGUGUCGCCUUUGCACACUUCCUUGUACGUCGGGUUCACGGUCGUACCGUUGAUGUAUCCGACGUGCGUCUCCACCACACCUUCCAAGCGUUGGAAGUUCAGUUCGACGCUCCAGAAACACCCCGCGGCAAACGUCGCCAAUUGCUCAUGGGGCUCCAACGACACAGGCACGCUCUUUGUCAUCGUCGUCAGUUCGGACCGCU